AGGGCAGCCAAUCAAAGAGAUCGGCCUGACGGAAGCCCUGAGGCUCCCGGAAGCUGUCCUGAGGUUCUUAUCGGAAAGCGGAAGCGGCGCGCAGCACGUGGGGGCGGUGCCGGUCAGAGGGCUUUGAGUCGUCUUGGUUUGUGGGAGGUGAGGCUGCCAGCGGCUACAGCCCAGGGCCAGGGGCAGAGCGCGGGGAACUGGAGAGACGCUGCGGAGCUCGGAGACCGGCUGAGCGUUAUGGAGGGCUCUGAGGAGCAACCGGGCCCACGGCCACAGCAUCCCGGGGACCACCGCAUCCGCGACGGCGACUUCGUGGUGCUGAAACGGGAAGACGUGUUUAAAGCAGUGCAAGUCCAGCGGAGAAAAAAAGUAACUUUUGAAAAACAGUGGUUCUAUCUGGAUAACGUCAUUGGCCAUAGUUAUGGAACCACAUUUGAAGUGACCAGUGGAGGAAGUCUUCAGCCUAAGAAGAAGAAGGAAGAGCCUACUUCAGAGACCAAAGAAGCGGGCACUGAUAAUCGAAAUAUAAUUGAUGAUGGGAAAUCUCAGAAACUUACUCAAGAUGACAUAAAAGCUUUAAAGGACAAAGGCAUUAAAGGCGAGGAAAUAGUUCAGCAAUUAAUUGAAAAUAGUACAACAUUCCGAGACAAGACAGAAUUUGCUCAAGAUAAAUAUAUAAAAAAGAAGAAAAAGAAAUAUGAAGCCAUGAUUACUGUUGUGAAGCCAUCCACCCGCAUUCUUUCAGUUAUGUAUUAUGCAAGAGAACCUGGAAAAAUUAACCACAUGAGAUACGAUACGCUAGCCCAGAUGCUGACGUUGGGAAAUAUCCGUGCUGGCAAUAAAAUGAUUGUGAUGGAAACAUGUGCAGGCUUGGUGCUGGGUGCAAUGAUGGAACGAAUGGGAGGUUUUGGCUCCAUUAUUCAGCUGUACCCUGGAGGUGGACCUGUUCGGGCAGCAACAGCAUGUUUUGGAUUUCCAAAAUCUUUCCUCAGUGGUCUUUAUGAAUUCCCCCUCAACCAAGUGGACAGUCUUUUAAAUGGAACAUUUUCUGCUGAGAUGUUAUCUUCAGAGCCAAAAGACAGUGCUUCGGUUGAAGAAAGUAAUGGCACACUGGAGGAAAAACAGACUUCAGAACAAGAGAACGAAGACAGCAUGCCAGAAGCCCCAGAGAGCAAUCACCCAGAAGAACAAGAAACAAUGGAAAUUGUCUCUCAAGAUCCAGACUAUAAGGAGCCUAAAGAGAGAGGAAGCAAAAAGGAUUAUAUUCAGGAAAAGCAGAGGAGACAAGAAGAGCAGAAGAAAAGACAUUUAGAGGCUGCUGCUCUGCUGAGUGAAAGAAACGCAGACGGUUUAAUUGUAGCUAGUCGUUUCCAUCCCACUCCACUGCUGCUGUCUUUGCUGGACUUUGUGGCUCCUUCAAGGCCAUUCGUGGUGUACUGUCAAUAUAAAGAGCCUCUGUUGGAAUGCUACACAAAACUGCGGGAAAGAGGAGGGGUCAUCAAUCUCAGGCUGUCUGAAACCUGGCUCAGAAAUUACCAGGUUUUGCCAGAUCGAAGUCAUCCCAAACUACUGAUGAGCGGAGGUGGGGGGUACCUUCUCUCAGGCUUCACUGUUGCCAUGGACAACCUUAAAGCAGACCCCAGUCUCAAAUCUAGCACCAGCACUUUAGAAUCACACAAGACUGAAGAGCCAGCAGCUAAAAAACGGAAGUGCCCAGAGUCUGACUCAACCUUUCAAAAAUUGCUUUGAUUUUUGUUCUCAGACAUUAUGCAGUUAGUAAGUAAACUUUAAAUGCCAUUACUAAUUGUGUUUUCAUAUCCUAAGAAUGAGAACAUGUCUAUACCCCUGUUCGUGGGAAGGACAAGUAAGCCUUUUGUCCACCUCUGACACAGAUUGGUUCUGUCUGUCAAAACCUCGAGCCAGAAUACCCAAGCCUGGGGUAAGCAGUAAACUGGUAUAUGGCCAGUUGUGUUUAUUUCACAAAAAUCCUCUAAGUACUUUUAGUGCUCUGCGCAAAUAUCUUUAGAAUUUAGAGAUCAAAGAAAUAUAUUUAUACAAAACUUUGUUUAUAUGUUAAGCCAAGUGGAAUAACACACCAUCAGUGAAACUUGGGUACUGAAACGAAGGAAUUUGUGGAAGAAAUUUCCUCUGUUCAUUAUGUUCUCUUCAACCUAAGCAAUAUGAAUGUGUGUGAGACUUACAGUACCAAAAAUGUCCACCCUUUUCCCUCCAGUGGAAUAAACUUUUAAUAAUUUUAUAUUUUAUUAUCUUAAUAGUUGAUGACCUAGAAAAGAUCUGAGUAUUUAUUUUACUGCUGUUUUUGUCAGUAGAAAGGUGUUGUAGGGUACUUUUUUGAAUUAAUUUGCCAAUCCUCUCAUUCUUUGUUCCAAAUAAAGUGACUAGAAUUUUUGUGUACUAUUAAAUGAAACAGAAAUGGUUUUUUCCCUCCCCAGAGACUUACGGAGAUAGAUAGAUACAUGUAUAUGGAUAUUGGUAUAUGCGCAUACAUACAUAUAUUUAUAUGUGCACACACAUCCACAUGGAGACAGAGAGAACACACUGUCCAUAUGAACUUUAACAAAGUUUAGUGCAGGGCUUAGACCAGUCCUCAUUGCAUUAGUGUCACUCCUUGUCAAAUGUAUUUUAAAGUGCCUUUUUUUGGUGAUUAUUAAUGCUGGUUUGUUGAGCUCUGGCAUGACUAGGUGGUUAGCCUUUCUAAGCUCUGAAAAAGUGUAAUUAAAUUAUUUGGUCAUCUGCAGCCAAGAAAAGUGUUUAGAGGAAGCCACAGCUCUUGCCCAUUGAGAGUCUGAGUCUUGCUCACUAAACAUGCUCAUCGUGUGUAUUGUUCAUGUCGUUAUAGAAUAGAUGCAAUCAUCCAGCAAGGGGCAUCUCAGAAAAAAAAAAUUGCUUUUUCCUAAUAGCAUGUACUAUUCUAAAAAUGGCCAGUGUGGUUACCAACAACUACAGUUCUGAUUCCUUUUUCUUAAAACAAUUGCUUUUAAAGAAUAAAAGCAUUUCCUACUGUGA